GAAUUUUGUACAUGCCAUAUUUCCUCUAUGCUGUUGCUCUCCCUAGUUUUGCAACAAUGCUUAUAACUUAGUCAUGGACGUAAUGAAAAUUUUAGUUAAAUUGAGGAAACUUGGUGUAAUAAGAGUUUCAGAUGUGCACACUAUUUGUGGCUGUAUAAAGGGCAUUCUCAUUAAUGCCAAAUGUCAUCAUGUAGGACAAUGGACAUUUCCAAAGAAUGGCAUCUUUUCAAGCACCCCCAGUGGGUUGGCCUCCUUCUCAAGGGAUUCCAACUACCCCUGUAGUGAAAAGAGUCAUCCGACUUGAUGUACCUGUUGACAAAUAUCCAAAUUAUAAUUUUGUUGGCCGAAUUCUGGGACCUCGUGGGAACUCAUUGAAAAGGGUUGAAGCCAUGACUGAAUGUAGGGUUUACAUCAGAGGUUGUGGCUCCGUGAAGGACUCUAUCAAGGAAGAGAAGCUUAAGGAUAAACCUGGAUAUGAGCACCUUAAAGAGCCAUUGCAUGUGUUGGUGGAGGCAGAGUUUCCAGAAGACAUUAUCAAUUCACGAUUGGAACAUGCCGUGGCAAUACUUGAAAAUCUUUUGAAGCCUGUGGAUGAAUCUCUUGAUCACUAUAAGAAGCAGCAAUUAAGGGAGUUAGCUAUGCUGAAUGGUACUUUGAGGGAAGAAAGCCCAAGCAUGAGCCCAAGUAUGAGUCCAAGCAUGUCACCCUUUAACAGUACAGGAAUGAAACGAGCCAAGACAGGAAGAUGACCCUGAUACGUUGACAGUGGUUCAUAUCUAUAUUAAUAGAUAUAUAAUUAUUCUCAAGCUAAGUUAUCUACCUCUGGUCUGUUUAAAAGGCAUCAUGGCCUUUUCACUGAUAUAGCUGACCUGAGUCACCGGGGGGCAGAAUCUUCACAAGCAGCUAGUUGGGAUGCCACGGUUUUGGCACUGAUUUGUUCGACAUGUCUGAUCGGGAUGGGUUAUUUACUUCAUUCAUUCUGUCUAGUAGGCUUUGAAUGAUGUCUAUUCUUUGGUGUGUUGGUGACCCCUGGAACAUUGACUGUCAGUUCACUUGUUAUAGCAGUAACUAGAAUUCAGGUGCUACAGAGUAGCAUUACUCCUAAUGUAAUAGAAGAUUCUUUACACUUGUCAGAACAUUAGAUUACAUGCAUAUGUAUAGAUAUGCGUGGUAUUGACCCUAAAAUAAAUUGAGUAGAAUGCUUUUGAUUGUAAUGUUGCGUGAACAUUUUGACAACAUUGUUGUUAUUUCAAGUUAGCAAGUGGAUUUGGUGAGUUCUGUAUCUUGGGAUUUCAAGUGGAACUAUAAAGACAAUAAGCCAUCAAUGCUCAGAUGUUUGCCAUGCCA